GGUUAUUAAAGGUAACAAAAGCCAUUUGCUGAAACGAAAACUCAAAAACCCCACGCUAAAUGGCGGCCAGAGAGAGAAAGCUUCUUCUUCAUGAUAAAGUUGAGGUGAGGAGCGUUGAGGAUGGGUUUGUGGGUUCAUGGCACCCUGGUGUGGUAAUUGGCUGCAAAGAAUUGGUUCGUGUAGUUGAGUAUGAUCUCAUUCUAUGUGAUGAUGGCUCUGCUAAGCUGGUCGAGGAUGUGGAGGUGACCACUGCAAUUGAUGGGGUUCUUGAUAAAGAAGUUAAGAGGCCCAGUGAGUAUAGGGGCUUGAUUAGGCCUUCUCCAGAAUCUCUGCUUUUGGGUGUUGAAGGGGCACGAAGUCUGCAUUAUGGAGCGUGUGUCGACUUGUUUUAUGACGAUGCCUGGUGGGAAGGUGUGGUAUUUGACCACGAAGAUGGGUGUGAGAGGCGGAGAAUUUUCUUUCCUGAUCUGGGUGAUGAAGUCGAAGGCAAGGUUGAUAAUUUGCGGCUUAGUAAGGAUUGGGAUGAGGUCACAGAAGAAUGGAAAUCUCGUGGGAACUGGUUGUUUCUUGAAUUAAUAGAGGAACUGGAGCAAGACUUUCCUCUCAUUGUCUCUGUGAAGCAAAUAUGGUAUGACGUGAGGACAAAGGAUGACUUUGGAAAGCUUGGGGAGUGGACUUCCUCUAAGCGGGAUGUAUGGAAAAAAAUAAUGUUGCAGGUUUUUUAUGAUAAUCUAAAGCUGGCUGUUAAGCAGAUCUUCGAAAACGUCAACUCAUCCUUGAAACCAGGAAAAACAGGACAAACAUUAUUGAAAUUUCCAGAAAAAGAUUUUGAAUCUAUACUAAACGCUGAAGGACCUUUUCGUAGUUCUCUUGCUGUAGCUGCACCCGAUGAUGAAGGAAUUCCGCCAACUGAUGUGAAUUAUGGAAGCAAUAAUCAGGUUCAGAUUCAGGACGAUCAGAUUGUUAUCUCAGUUAGACCCACGAACGAACAAAUUUUGUCUCCUAAUCCAGAUGAAGAUUCUGGGAUUGGUUCCAGUAAUUAUGAUGAAUCUCUUAGUUUGAAAUUGCCACGAGAAAAACGCAAAAAAUCGACUGGGAUGAGAAAACUUAGAUGGCAGUCAGCUGUACCCGAAUUCGUUCCUGGGCCUGAGCAUUGCCCUGGUGUCAUUGACAAGUAUACCAAGUGUCUGAUGUCCAAAGAGACUCUUCCAAAUGGGCUCUUCUUGGAUGUUAGCAAACAUCUACUGUAUUUGGGCUGGAAAAUUGAGUAUACACGUGAGUGUGAAGGAAGUACGAUUAGGAAACGCUAUUUGUCCCCUGAUGGGAAAUUUUUUCAUUCACUUCCUCAGGUUAUUAAGGUUUUCGACCAUGACUUUGAGUUGGAAUCUGGAUCACAAGUACGUAUGCUCCCAAAUUAUGACAUUGCAAAUUCUGUGAGUUCAUAUGAAGAAGCACUCUCACCUUCUGGGAAAUCCGAAGCUUCCAGUCAAUUGUCCAAGUCAUGCAUUCUCGAUGAAAAGUUUGACAUAGAACCUGAAUAUUGCCCUGAAGCAGUGAGGGAUUAUUGUUUAUUAGGUUCAAAGAAGAAAUCCCAAGGUGGAUAUAAAUGGAAAAAACAACUGAAAAGCGAGGAAGCAAAGAAACACUUGUCUGCGAUUGGAUGGUCUUUUUAUUACCACAGCAAAGGACGAUACAGGGAAAUACGCUUUCUGUCACCUACUGGAAAAUUGUUUUACUCUCUUGUUUCAGCCUGUAAAUGGUGUGUUCAAGCUGGUGCACUUACUCCUGUUGAUCUCUCUCCUGCCACAGGAAGAGUCGUAAACAAAGAUUUCGUCAACAAUUAUGAUGGUGAUUUAUCCACAAGUAAAUCACAUCUUCCAUUACUGGCGAUGGACUCCACCGGAAGUACCCCUUUAUUAAAGAAUGACAUGUUUGGCAAUACACAGUUAUCUGGCAUGCCAAUAUCUGAAGGGUUUGUUCAGCCGAUCAAAGGUGAAGUUCAUGAAACCAGAAUGUCUAGGAAGAAGAAGAGAAAGCUCGAAUCAGAUUGUCUUGAAGUCUCACUAUCACCCAAGAGAGGAAGGAAAUCUAAUGCAUUAAUGCGACUGAGAGGAGAUUCAAAUGCUGAUUCUUCAACCCCAGUGAGGCGAUCUAGUAAAAGGGUACGCAAGAGGGCUGCUUCUUCCUCUGAGCAGAUACCUCGAACUAUCUUGUCGUGGUUGAUUGACAAUAAUGUAAUUUUGCCUAGAGAAAAAGUUCAAUAUUGCAGUAGCAAAAACGGUCCUCGAAUAGCAGAAGGACGAAUAUCUCGUGAGGGAAUCAAAUGUAGUUGCUGCGGGGGAAUCUUUACUCUUAGUAACUUUGAAGCACAUUCUGGCAGCAGUGAUCACAGACCUUCCUCAAAUAUCUUUUUAGAGGAUGGUAGGUCUUUGCUUGAGUGCCAGUUGCAAUUGAAACUACGUAAUAGCAGCAGAAAUUCAAGGUUAGAACGUCAACCGAAGGCAACCCAACAUAAUAGAAAAAGUGACUACAUAUGUUCUGUCUGUCACUAUGGAGGUGAAUUACUUCUGUGUGACCUGUGUCCAUCCUCGUUUCAUACUCAGUGCGUUGGUUUAAAGGAGGUUCCAGAUGGUGAUUGGUUCUGCCCAUCGUGCUGUUGUCAGAUUUGCAAGAAGAGCAGAUUCAAUACAGAAAAUAGACUAGCCAAGGACUUUUCUUUUCUCAUCUGUUGUCAGUGUGAACGACGAUAUCAUGCUGAGUGUCUCACAAAUGAAGGAGAUACACAUUGUCAUCCUGAAGGUUAUUGGUUCUGCCACGAUACAUGUCAACAGAUAUUUUAUGGUCUGCGUGGGAUUCUGGGGGUAAAGAUUCCUGUGGGAACUGACAAUAUGACUUGGACUUUAUUGAAAUACAUGGAAUCAGACGUUUCUAUGAACGGCGCAUCUGAUGAUGAGGGUUUGGUGGAGAGUUACAGCAAGCUUAAUGUUGCUCUCAGCGUGAUGCAUGAAUGUUUUGAACCCGUCAAAGAGCCUAGGACCAGGAGGGAUCUAAUGGAAGACGUUAUCUUUAAUAGAUGGUCAGAUCUAAACCGUUUGAACUUUCAAGGGUUCUAUACCGUUAUAUUGGAAAAGAAUGACGAAUUGAUCUCAGCGGCUACCGUGAGGAUAUAUGGCAAAACAGUUGCAGAAGUCCCUCUGGUUGCGACGCGGUUUCAAUAUCGUCGACUUGGGAUGUGCAGAAUUCUGAUGAAUGAACUUGAGAAGCAACUCACAGAAUUGGGAGUCGAGAGGCUUGUUUUGCCUGCUAUUCCUAGUGUAUUGAACACAUGGAUCACUUCAUUUGGGUUCUCCAAGAUGGAUGACUCAGAGAGAUUAAACUUUCUGGUCUAUACCUUCCUCGAUUUCCAGGGCACGGUAUUUUGCCAGAAAAUGUUGAAGAUCAAUCUUUCAAUGAUUUUGAGCCUACCUGCAGAAAAACAAACAAACGGAUGUGACCAUGUAGACAUCAAUGCCGACAUUGGGGUUGAUGGAAACAGUGCUGUUUCUGAAGUUGUUGAAGGGAAACAAGUAGAGGAGACUGACAACAUGGAGCAGGAAUCGGCAUGCAACAAAACAGUAGCUGACAAUGGCGAUGCCGGUUGCUCUGCCGAGAAAGCCAUUGUGGUGAUGGAUCAACCAACUGUCCUGGACUACUCGUCUAUCCAACCUGCCCUCGAGUAUCCUCUACGAGUCACGAGCACAGGCAGACAAUCUGGAAACACUGAGGUCAUUCUAAAAUGCUACAAGCGAAGGAAAAUAUCCGCCUGCUGAGGGCGGUCUUUCCAGUAACGUAUCUAAGAAUCUAUCAUUCUUCCUGUAGUAGUAAACCUCUCGACUUUGCGAAGUAAGCUGGAAGAUACACGACGUAGCUGAAAAUAUGCAGGCAGACAUAUCCCGUUGUUGAUUUUUUUGUACAGUAUACAAAACUCUAACAUCCUGCUGGUUUUUCCAUGUCUUCAGCAGAGAUUUUCGAACUAUCCAUAAAAGCAACGGGUUGGACGUGCUUUCAUAUGAUACCAUUCACAAUUUCUCUUGUUUUUGACUAAUGUUGUUACUUCUUUUAUCCUCAGGUCCCCCUCUGUAUUUAUCAUUCCAGCGGCAAAGGAAAUACUUGGUAUGUGAAGUUUAUUUAUUUCUGGGAAAUUAAAAAAUCAAUCAAAAUUAUUUCUUGAUUUUAGCACUGUAGAAAGUUUAAGGUUGCAAUUUGAGAUUACAGAUUUGAAUAAACCUAUAUUCAAUCAUCACUUGAUAAUAUCAAUUUUAGGGUUGGUGAUGUUACCUAUAGAUUAGAGAUUAUAUGUAUUGGAAGGGAACUAACCUCAAGACUGUUCCUACUGUAUUUGUACAUAUGUUUGCUUUUAAUUUUCAAAAAUUGAUGCCAUAGUUCUAUAAAGAAAUCAAGAUUU